AUGGCUACCGGUUACUUGCCAGAAGAGUUAAGACAAGGAAGGGCUUGGUUACUAUCGUUGGAUCUAGUGUGCUGGGACUUCCAUAGUAUUGUAAGAUCAUUGAACGACACCCUAACAUUAUCAUUCAAUGGAGUGUAUCACAAGUAUGAUCAACUACUCCCACAUCUUACUGGCGACAUCAGUGUAGUGGCUCAUGAGUUGACCACGCUGACCAUCAGACACACUGAACAAUGGCCAGAGAUGUCGAUCAUGGAGACGUUUGGUAAUGCCGAAAUGAAGGCCUGGAUGCGUGGCGCCACACGAUCACUCAGUACCGCCAACAUCACAUUGAAUAAGUGUAGCCUCCAGAUGUUGGAGGGCGCAGACAUUGACAACUUGGAGACGCUGGGCAUCGAGGUGUGCAGUUUGCCAAGCGGCCAGAACGAUGACGUCCCACAGGUGCUACAGGCACUCUUGGACGCCAACCCAAACAUCCAUACGUUGAACAUCACGACGCGUAACAAUGACUUUGACUCGCCUGUCAUCUACAAGAGGUUGAUGAAGGUGUUGGCUGUGCUGGGGACCGGAGUGCGUCGCCUUUCAAUCAAGGACUGCGGCACAAUGUUUGAAGAGAUCAAUGUCAACUGCGAUGACUUCUUCAACGACCUGGCCAGCAGUGCACCUUCUCUCGAGCAUCUCACUCUCAGGACCAAACAUGGAGUCGAUCCUACAAUGAGUCCACGCAUCGAGUCGCCACACUUCUACAACUUGUUCGAAGGGUAUCUCAAGAUGCAAAACACUCUCAAGUCGUUGGAGUACAACGAGGAGAUGCCUGUGGAGGCCGAGCGAUUGGUAGCGACCAUACUUCAAUGCCCCAACAUCGUGGAUACCAAGUUUGUGGACGGUCUGCCAUUGCAAUACCUCGUGCCAUUCAGUCGCCGUUUGGAUCGGCUCAUGGUGUGCAUCGACUUGGAUAUCACAGAGGUGGCCACUGAAGUGCUCGAGAAGGUGUAUCCAUUCCUCAACAAUGCUGAUCGAUUGUAUCUGAUCGUGCGUGACCUGGAGCCACCCAUCGUGCCCAUCAUCAAUGAGGUGAUCAGACGCAGCCAGAACAAGCAGCUCUGGAUAAGGAUCGUGCCCGAGCUGCUGGACUUCUCUGACGCCGAGGUAUUUGAUCCAAUCGCACCGGUCGUUGAGUCCAAUCAAAACUUAUCCUUCUUCCGGUUCGAAGUGGAGUGUUCCCGAGCUGAAAAAGGUGAUCUAGCUGCACUUCGCAAUGUGAUUGAACAGCAUCCAACCAUCAUCAACAAGUCUACAGCAUUGACAAUAGAGACUGAAUACGUUCCUGGUUGGUGA